AUGGAAGAAGAGACAGAGUACGAGAAGCAGCGACAGGCGAAUAUCGCGCGCAACCAGGCGCUCUUGCGACAGCUCGAGCUGGCGGACCUUGGAAGUUCGCUCGCGGCGUCGAGUCCAAAGGCCAAGAAAUCUGUAACUUCUACUACGACGGCAUCUAAGCGGUCCUCGCGGUCGUCGACGAGGAGCAAUGCGGUGAAACGGGUGAAGCAGGAAGAUCUCACGCCGCGAAGGGCGAGUGCGAGGAUACGAGGGCUGAAGCCGGAGGGGGAAGGGGAAGGCGCGAGCGCGGCGGCGGAGGAGGCGGGGAAGCUUGCGGCGGCGAAGGCGGAGGCGAGUAGGAUGCGGGUGCCGGGGACGAUGAAGUUUGAGGAUAUGAGUGCGAGCGGGCUUGCGCAGGCGUGGACGUUUGACGACGCGGUGGAGGAGGGGGAGGAGGAGGGGGAGGAGGGGAGGAAGGAGUUGGCGAAGGAUGUGGUGCAGUUGAGGAAGGAGAUGAGUUCGUUGAAGGUGUAUGAGCGGUUUGCGCCGAACGAGAUCAAGAUCACCCCCGAACGGAUAUUCUACAUGAACUUCCACCCCUCCGUCUCCCACCGACUCGUCCUCGCUGGCGACAAAACCGGCAACCUCGGCGUGUGGGACGUCGACCACGUCCAACAAACCUCCAAAUCCGAAGACGAAGACAACGAAGAACUCGUCUCGCCCACGCUCUACCUCUUCAAAGUGCACGCGCGCACCCUCUCAAGCCUCGGCUUCGCGCCCGGCCGCGCGCACCAGCUCUACACGGCCUCCUACGACGGCUCGAUCAGGUCCGUCGACUUCAAGUCCGGGACGAGUUCUGAAACCUAUUUCGCGGAAGGAAACCACGACGCCGACGGCGUGUGCGAGAUGGACUUUGCGGAUAGUAAUACAAUCUACUACUCCACCUUCGGCGGCGAGAUCGGCCGCGUCGACGUCCGCGCGCCGGGGAGCGAGUCUGAACGGUUUCGCGCGCACGAGAAGAAAGUGGGUGGGUUGUCGCUGCACCCCGGCGCGCCGCAUCUCUGCGCGACGUCGUCCCUCGAUCGGACGAUGAAGAUCUGGGAUUUUCGCAAGAUCACAAAGACUGAUGACGGUGAGCGGCAGGCGGCGUUCGUGACGGAGUAUGGCAGCAGACUGAGUAUCAGCUGCACGUCGUGGAAUCUCGCGGGCGAUCUGGUGUGUAACGGGUACGACGACACAAUCAACGUAUUCAACCUGCGCGAAUCCGCGACCUGGAAACCCGCGCCGUCGUCGGUGCCGGAGCUGACGCCGUCGUCGACGAUCAGACAUAAUUGCCAGUCCGGGAAAUGGGUGACGAUCCUGAAAGCCGCGUGGCAGGCGAAUCCGGCGGAUCAGGUGCACAAGUUUGUGAUUGGGAAUAUGAAGCGGUAUAUGGAUAUCUUUAAUGCGGACGGGGUGCAGUUGGCGAGGUUGGGCGGCGAGGAUGUUACGACCGUGCCUUCUGCGUGCAAGUUUCAUCCUCAGAAGAACUGGGUCGUCGGCGGAACCGCGAGCGGCAAGGUGGUUCUUUUCGAAUGA